AAGGCUGUCUUUGUCUUUGUCUCUGUCUCUGUUCCUCAUCCUCUUCCCCAUUUCUGAGCGCGGAUGUUGGCCAUGGCUUCAGGUUUGGUUGGUUCCUGACUGCGCCAGUAUGAAUAGCUGGCGGUCCCCAAGUCUUUCUGGAGACGACCCGUCGUCCAGUCCCUAUCCUUCCACCAACGGUUGGCCAACAACUCACACUGUGGUGACCAGCAGCCAGCCGUCUCCCAGUCGUCGCGAAUAUGCUAUACAGCCGCCUCCUUUGACAACAGCGUUGGGUAACCAUCAAUUCCAGGGACUCGGAGUGGGAAUCGGCCAGGGUUACGCCUCAACUCCACUUUCAACUACAUCUUUAUCCAGCCCAUUCACUCAUUCUCCUGCUGCGAAUACUCCAGCAAGUGCGGCCCUUCUUGGGUCUUCUCCCAUGUCUUCUAGGCAGUACAACGUCCCUUACAAUCCUCAGGAUUGGGGGCCAGUAAGAAACGUACCUAUGAAUGCAGGCCAGGCGGCCUAUCCACAGGCAAAUAACAUGCUUCGAGUUGUGACCCAUCAUCGACAAGCUGGACAUCAGUCAGACAUAUCUUUGUCACCGCCACCUCCCCCAUAUUCUCCUCCAAGUCAGUCACAGCAGACCGACCAAAUGAACCAAAAUGCGCCAGUUUUAGACUCUACUUCUCCUAAUUCUGGAUCUCCCUUCAUUGGCACUGACCGACAGCAAGCUAUUCCCCGUACUCGUCCUGUGUCAACGGCCCGGGGCGAUGUAGGCCAUAGUAGGCAAGUUUCGCUUCCUCCACCACCUCCUCUACCACACGGACUUCCAUCCUCCAGAUCAUCUUCUCAAAGCAGGACAGAGUUCUAUCGCGAGCCGUCUUCCCUCAGUACGGGCUCACGACCCUAUAUCAUGGUUUCCGAGGAUAAUUUACAGCCUCAGUUGAAUAACCUCAAUUAUUCCACCGUCGUUAAUCAAGGCGAUGACUACCGUGCUCCAAACUCCAGAAGGGCCGUUUCCGCGGGUCCAGUUGUGAGUAGUGCAAGUUCUUCGAGAGCUACGAGUCAAUCCAGAAGCCACUCACCCCAGGCCUCUGCUUGGGAGCCAGGAAUGCCUCUUCCUCCACCUCCUCCAGGCCCUCCCCCGGCUGCAAGAUCGCAGAGUGUGAGUGGCCUCGGCGAAGCUUCAUCUUAUCGCAGCUCGCAACCCCCUACGCGGACACAAAUAGCUCGUCAGCCUCCAUCCCUGGGAACUGGCCUGGACAGUAUUCCUCCUACGCCGGCAGGCUGGGUAGAUGAAACGCCUCUCGACACCACACAACGGAGAGAUAAAGCCCCUCUUAGUGUCGACACAGCCAGCGCGGUAAUGUCUCGUAAUGUUAAUGAAUCCGCACCUAACGGAAGUGCCCAUGCAUCUCGAAAUUCAAUCAGCAGCGGACUCUUUCGCAGUUCAGCGGUUCGAGAUUCCAGCGCAAAAGGAAUUCGUGAGAGGAGGAUUGAGCGCAGGAAUCGACAGAGUCAGGUUUUUGACGAUUAUAGCGCUGUCUCAACCAGUACCAACCCUUGGGCUGAUGCGCUAGAUCAGGUGAAGCCUUCGAACCUCGUACUUGAAGACCACAAUGCAACUGAGACGUCUCGAUACGAUUCUUCUACAAGGUUUACUCCACGCAGCACACAUAGUGUCGCCUCUGAUGGACAGAUGACUAGCUCCCAAUCGAGAGCUUCGUCAGGACUCUUUUCAGGCAACCGGUCUCCAUAUUCAACCCCUCGCGCUGAGCCAAGUCCUGCUGGGCUACCAGUACAGGGAUAUGCACCGACCCCGCCGUUCUCUCCAGGUACCGAUAAAUCAUCUUCAUUCCAGAAGAGCUCAUCACAAGCACUCCCACCAAAGGCGCUUCCAACGCCUCCGCUGCAGUCGGGUCAAGACUCUAGACCGUCUUCGGGGCUUUCACGCAGGGAGGACCGCCCGGCGUCGCACAUUCUACAUUUACCCAAUGAAGCGGUGACUUCCCCGGCUUUACAUCCGCGUCGCCUGUCGAUUCACCAAGGACCUUCGCUGGACUCUGUCGUCAAGCAAGAUGUUGAACUCAUCCAGAAUGCCACGCGAAGACACAAGGAGUUCAUUGAGAAGGAAGCUAGCGCUGCAGACGAAACAGAAGCUUUGAGAUUGUUUACUGAAUUCAUCAUCACUGAGUCUCAAAUCCGGCGUGAACGCUACGCCAAGGUCUGGGAAUCCGACUCUUCCUGCUUUGACGUCGCACAGGUGCAUCAGAGACUCUUCAAGGUGCCGCCCAAGCCAGUCCCUGAACCCCAAAGUCGGCGUUCGUUCAAUGCUCCAAAACUAGACAUCCCUCAAAACCGCGGGGAGUCUUCAUGGAACAAUUACAAACCUUGUCUCUCGCCAAUUGCAAGCCUUAACAUGAGUAAUGACGAGAUGAGCUCUAGAGGGCGUGCCCCGAGUCGCUGGUGGGAGUCAAAGACUGGAUCAGGUAGUGAGGGAGGCGAACGCAGAGUGCAACGAUCAAAGCGCGAAUCCAAGUAUAUGGGACUACCGCUGGAAGCUCUCCAGUCCCAAUUGGACCUGAGUCGAGGCUCUGUAGACGGCAGGAGCGUUGAUCAAGUGUUUGACGCGAUAAAUCUGUAUUCGGCCUAUGGCCCCGACGAGUACCCCCCUGAAAAAGCUGGAUGGCAGGAUGAACCACCCAUUCCAGACUAUUCCGCUCCUGCGAGCCUUAGCAGUCACGGAACUAUGAGAGAACCUCGAAAAAUGGAUGUCUCAAGACUUAUCACCCUUCCUCCACCUUACCCACGCCAUUACCCAGCCGUCAAUAAUAGCCAUCCCGAACUCGUGACUUAUCGAACGGUGGUUCGGUCGAUUAGUGAUCUCUCUGAGAUCAAGUCUACCAGACAACGACAUGCCUCGGAGUCCGAGGCUCUAGUUCACAGUCACAAAGCACGAGUCAAAGACGGCCGUCGACAGUUCAAGGCUAAUAUCCAGAGUCAGAUCCAAGAUGGCAGUAUCAGCUUUGCAGAAGCUGCCGAAGCAGAGGCCGCAUUAAUCGACGAGGAAAAAAAAAGGGAGAGAGACUUGGCCAAGCAGGUGCUGGACACCUACCAAGAAUCGGUCUUAACACCGAUGCAGGCGAUCCUAACGGAUCGAAUCGAUAGAGCUACUGUGUGCAUUGACGAACUACGCAGCAAGCUGUUCGAUGACGCUCAACACGAGACCCCUGACCAAACACAGCAAGAGGGAGACGAGAAACCCGAGUUACUUGAAAAGCUCACCCAGCUCAAGUGGCUCUUUGAAGCUCGGGAACAACUGCACCGUGAGAUGUAUGAUUUGAUCAGCGACCGCGACGAAAAAUAUAAGGCCGUUGUGAUCCUCCCUUAUAAGCAAAAGAAGAAUGACGAAAAAGUGCGGGGCACAGAGGACUUCUUCGUCCAAGACGGGUUGGACCGCCGCGUAAACUACGAAGCCAACGCCCUCUCACGACUCGAAUCCUUCCUAGAUGUAAUCGAGGAGAAGGUAGUCCGCGGCGUGGAGAUGCAGCUCUCUGCUUUCUGGGACAUAGCGCCAUCCCUUCUCACCCUGGUCCAACAACUCCCAGAGAACCUCGGUGGUUUCCAAAUCCAGAUCCCCGCCAAUGAGUACGAAGAAAACCCGAGUUACCACUCCCACCCGCUCCAGUAUCUGUACACGCUGGUCUCUCAUGCUGAAAAAUCAAGCUACCAAUACAUCGAAUCCCAAAUCAACUUGUUCUGCCUUCUCCAUGAGGUUAAGUCUGCGGUUAUGCGCGCCCACUCCAAACUCAUGGAGACCGAGCGUAUUCGCCAGGGUGAGCCUGAGGAGGUCGUAAAGCGGGAGAUGCGCCAACCACGCACUGACGAGGAGCGGGCACUGACGAAUGACUUGAAGGAUAGGGUUGCUACUGUUGAGGGCCAAUGGACGGAAGCUCUUGGAAGCCAGAUCCAGGCUUUACGUGAACGAGUACGAGAGCAGUUGGAGAGGGAAGAUGGAUGGGAGGGUUUGGAGCAGCUGGAGCAGGCUUAAUGAGAGAUGAACCCCGUUCUUUCUAUUUUUUUUUUUUUUUUUUUUUGGUCUUGUAUUAAUGAAAGAUACCCAUCCGUUCGUUACUGCAGCUAUCUUAUCGAAUAUAUAUGCUUCAAUCACUG